GAUAACGCUUGUUGCGGUUGAUGACGGUGCUGAUGGCGUACACGGUCAAUGGGCGCGGACGUUGCCGUCGUUUCGAGGUUAUGUCCACUGGUCGAAUAAAAUGGAACUGAUCAAAAACAUCGAAACAUAUCCCGGGUUUUGCACCAAGUGCGGUUCAAUACUACCGGCAUUGAACAUGGAAGAAUUUGUGAAAUGUUAUUCUUGUAAAACUGUUUUUGGACCAGAAAUUUAUGGGAAUUCAGAGUCUACAUAUGAAAUUAUUUUGAACUCUGUAGAAGAUAUUGAUAAUGUUGUUAAAACUGAGCAUAAUAAAGGUGAAAUUGAGGACGGUCCAAUUGCUGAAAGAAGGUGUAAUGCUUGUGGUCAUAACCAGAUGUCCUAUGCAGCUGUACAACUAAGGUCAGCUGAUGAAGGACAAACUGUAUUUUAUACCUGCCUUAAAUGCAAAUUCAAAGAUGCAGAAAACUCUUGACAUAAUUUCAAAUAUUUGGAAUCUAUUUUUGUACAAAACCAUUCAGUUGAAUAAAAUUGUUUAUGUUUUUAUAAAA